AUGGAAGACACAGAAGAAGUUUUCAUAUGGUUUGAACACAUUCAUGAAUAUGUUAAAAACCCUGAAUUCCAAUUGGAAAUCUGGAGAGACGAAAUUGCAGACAAGCCCAUCAGACCCAUUAUAAAAUAUAGGAACUACAGUAUUAGCAGGGACAGACUUGUUGGAGAUGGUGUUUACUACACACGUGUUAGAGCAAAACCGUGGGACUUUUUUGCUGGCGACUGGAGUGAGUGGAGUUCAAAUGCAACUUUCACUAUAACAAGUUCUACAGUUCCUACCACAGAAAAGAAUUUUCCAAAGGUUGGUUUCAUCAUCACCUUCUUUGUCAUUCUGGUGCUCAUCAUCGGUUUGGGGACCUUGCGAUGGAGAGCGCACAUAAAAGACUACAUUACACCAAACAUCCCACACCCGAAGGCAACUCUUGCACAAAUGCAAAGGGGCCUUCCUUUCACUUUCAGUCCUGAGAUAUUCAGUGACGUCUUCAUACACCGUGUGGAUUACGUUGAUGAAAAGCCAUCUUCUACUGAGCUUCAGGACGGCCUGGAUGAGUGCCGCUACAGUCAAGCCAGUUCCUCAAGAACAUCAGUGAGUGAAAUGGACAUGAAAGCUGAUGGAUGUCUUCCAAGAGAGCAGUCCCACCUUAAAAUUAGACUGUUAGAUGAAUCAGAUUUGUUGAAAGAAAGCGAACAUGGCAGCUCUCAGAGCGUAACGGCAGCUCAACGAGAAUGUAAAGACGAAGCCUAUGUCACUAUGUCCAGUCUCUUCAAAACGCAAUGAAGAGACGGUCUCAAGUCAGUUCCAGUUCACUGUUGAUUUUACAGACCCUUGGUUUGUAUGUGAUAAAGAGUAAACUGAGAUUUUAUGAUGCAUUUAAUAACCCAUUAAGCCUGUUACAUAUAUAAGAGGCGCUUUAACACAUCACUAGUCAUGUCCGGUUUGUAGCUCUGAUGCUAACCAAGUUUGUACAUAUAGCAGUCAUCCACAGGUUUCAUUUUCAACCAAGCAU